GAUGCAGGUCAUCAUUUUAUGUAGGCUUUUUUACUUUUUUUUUCAGGUAACUGCACUUGACAUCAUCAGGAUUAACACGGACCGGAGAGCACAACUUGCAAGAGUGGAGUCAAUUGCUUUUGAUAGCUCUAAAAGAAACCUGGUCCUUAGGUGCAGGCUGCUGUUCCGUGGCCUGGAGAUGAGAAAUCACCAGCAGUAUCACCAUAUAACACCAGUCAGAGAACAAAUUUUCAUCUCUGACGCCAUUGAGUCCAUUACACUAGAUGAUGUGGUGAGAAAAAUGCCACAGAUCCAACAGUACACUGGCCAGUACUUGUACAGCAGCCACUCUGCCACAGCUUUUGCAGAGCCAAGCGGCAGGUUCAUCAGAGAUGCAUCAACUCUCCCUGCUCAUUGCAGUGAGGGACAGCAACAAAGAGACCGUCCCACAGGAGUACCAGUGCUCCCGCUGUACAUCCAUUUAUAUUUUGAUGGGUUUGGGCUGUACAGGCGGAAGUACCAUUCCACUAAUGGGAUGUACUUUUCCCUUGGUAAUUUGCCUCGUUCUGAGGGGGCAAAAAGGGAACACAUGGGCAUCAUAGGCCUCGGAGAACCAGGAACAUCAUUUCAGCAGUGUAUGGAUGCCAUUUCACCAUACAUAGAGAAACUGCAGGAAGGUUAUUAUGCUGACUGCCCUUACUAUGGGGGUGAGGUGUUUGUUUGUGGAGGAAUUGGCGAGAUCAAUGCAGACAUGCCCCAGGCAAACCACUGUGCCAACUGUUUGUCAUCCACUGCAAACAAAAGAUGUAGGUUUUGCACGGUUGACAAGGCCGACCUCUCCAACCCACAGGUGGCCAGUGAAGCACCCCGCAGGACAAAGGCCAACACAAACAACAUUAUCGCUGCCAUGUCUGAAAUGGGUGUUGUGGAGAGGAAACAACAUGAAACAGAGACUGGGACCCUGUAUAGCCCGAACAACCAGCUGUUCUCCGAUGGCAUUGUCAUUGAACCACACAUUCAGACAAGGAUCGAUCACUUCCACCUCGAUGCUCUUGGUGUUGGAAGACUGCAAAUAAGUCUGAUCUGGGGCAACGUGAAGACACAAGUCCAACAGUUCCUCAGUGAUCUGAUUGUUGCAAUCGACAGACCUCAUUUGGCUCAAGCAGAUAUGGAAGGCAGAGGUGGCAAACCGGCUAACAUCCAUUGUGGCUAUCACACUGGGGAGCAAAUAGAUGUACUGGGCAACCACAUGAAUGGUUACUGCAACAGCUAUGAGAGAUACCACAACAGGAUAAAGGACAUGGGUAAUUAA